AUGGCAGCUUCACAACUUAGCUUGAAACCGUACCUAACUAAAUCUUCAAAGAGACCUAUUCACAACAUUGAGUUAACUGGACCUUUUCCUAGGACUAAGGACUAUGACACUUUAAAAGACUACAAAAUACCAACUUCUACCACUGAUGGAGCAGAACGUUUAACAGAAUUUGUGAAAUAUAUUGCAUCAAAAGUUAAUGUAAAGAACAGAUACACACCAGAGCAGCUGAAGGAACACACUGAAUAUGUUGAGAAGUUUGUGAAAGAUUUCUGUAUAGAUUUUGGAAAUCAUACUUGGGGUGCAUAUGAAUAUUUUUCCAACAAAGGAAAACCUAAUCCAACACUUGAAUCUAACAGUAUUAUCAGAAGAGGCAGUUCAUAUGAAGGGACUAAGAUAUUAUCACCAAGUGAGUACGACUACAUUCCAAUCUUUGCAUGGUCAGGUGAUGCAGCAGUCAAUGUGGAGGAGGUGGGGAAGAUGUGUAAUAAGGCAGGACAGGGAUAUGGUUUCAUCAAUAUAAAACAUGGUGAUCUGCACCAGUUGUUACCCUCUGAUAUACUUACAGAGGAGGAACCUGGCAUGAGUGGAUCAAACAGAUCAUCUCAGAUAUCAUCACCUCAUGGGACUAUUCCUCAGAGUCAACCUGGUUCAAGUAAACUGGAUACAUACUUUCUUAUAAUAUUGCAUAUUGCCAUUGAAUCCUACCUGAGUCACAGUGACAAGUAUGAGUUCAUUGGUGAGAAAGAUCAUCGAGAGGAUCCAGAGUCUCCAUACCCACUGGGAACCAUCAGUCUACAUAAGUACAGACAUGGAACCAGUGUAUGGUUACGUAUUGGUGGCCCCAUCUGUACAACAGACAUAGAUCUCUCUUUUGGAGUGGAGAAUAUGACUGAUACCCAAAGAAGGUGUGUUAUGGUGGGUGGGCCACCUGUGAGCUGUUACACGUGUAAUAAUAUUGAUACUCACUGGACUGAGUCACUUAUACAUGCAGGACUCCAGGAUGAUACAAAUACACACACAUUAUCAACAAAUCACCAUUAUUUAUUCCUGACAUUAAAAUAUAUCAAACAUUUGAUUGAAACAAAUCUCAAAAUAAAAACAUAUUCUUCUUCAUAUUCAUACAAAAUGCUACUUCUCCAACAUCAAACAGGUUGUCAGAAUGAGAAUGUUGGACAGUGCCUUGAGGACAUAGUGAACCAGUUCUACACACAUGAGAAACAAUGUAUUGAUGAGAUUGAAACCAAUACAUACAACAAUUAUGAUCACCUGGAGGAAGUACCAGACAUUAAUUACCCUAAGAGGAUGAUAGAACUUAAUAUUGACGAUGAUGAAUGUGCUGCCCUACUGUGGAUCAUGCAGCAUGUAAAACACACCACUGACACAUCCUGGUGGGACAUGUUGCUGCAGGAAGACCUCAAACCAGAUGAUAUCAAAGAGGGUGAUAUGCUUUAUUCCUUGCUGGACAUAGUACAACAGGAAUGGAAAUUCAGUUGCAAUAUGAAUCUUGAGAAAGGUUCAGUGCAUGAUAUACAAUGGCUGCAUGAGAACAACACCAAGACAGUAUAUAAAUGGAUUAAAGGCCCCAUGUAA